GUUCUUUAGUUUCACGAGUCUGUUCAAGGCCUUCCACCUACCCGUCCACCCCUAUUGCACUCGACUUUCAGUACAUUGUGCUGCUUGGGUUAUUACCACGAAGUUUUCAAAACAAUCUGGUGUAUCAUGCUCUGAUAUCAGUUAGCGGUAAGGCACCGCACAUUCUGUCGUACCUAUCAUGCCUUCAAGAGCGCCCUACUGAUACACGUGGUCAGAUAACGAAAUCUGCUUCUUGCUUCAGUGAACGGGUGUGUGAAGACCGCCCUACGGCCGCUAUGUCAAACAGCAUUUCCUACAUUGUGUCAAAAGUGGGAUUGACUGAGGUAUGGUAGACGCUGCAGCGAAGAGACUUGUCAUUCCUGAAACCACUUGAUUUUUCUAACGUUGACCUCACCACGGCCUGGAAAAGCCGGUCGUGCUGGGCUUACCGGGCUGGCGACAGCGCAACGGCCGCCCAGGCCUCGGCGUCUCGCAAGCCGCAAUCCGAUCAUCCUGCAUAAAAGAUGACUGCUGUCGUGGCACGCUGAGCAAAAUCUACGCGCCGGUUGUUGGUCCCCUCAGGUACACAAAGCCUGACAUCUGUUCUUGCGCGAACGACUCAGUUCUCAGUAAGGUGGCACCACUCGGUGAUCCAAAGCCGGGGCGGCGCCCGACCGCGAAGCCGCAGCCGAAGCUCACUUGGCGCGUUCCAUAGAAAGCAGUAACUAUCUCAAAGAGCUUGGAUACAAGACGGCCCGUAGGCCCCAAGCGUCCUCUGACUAGCACUGUCGUCGAGCAGCAUGCUGUUCCCUGGGUCUGACGCUGAAACCUUGGAUCGCUGCGUGGACAAAGAGGACCUCUGCGGGUAACAAGACCGAAAUCAGGAAUGAGUGAUCCUCGCUAGCUGAUUCUCGCCCGUCACCAUGAGCGUACAUCCAUGGCGCUUUUGUGUCCCAUUGGUGGCUCUAGCGUUUCUCUUGUUGAUUCUUCUCUCAUGCCCCCCAGCCUGGGCCUGGUCGAGCCCUGCGUCCGCCACCCUUCAGCCGCCUCCGCCCGUCCGAGCCGAGGCCCCGGUGGCGGCCGCCAUGCUCCGCAGGAAGCAGGGGAAUGCGUACCACCACGAGAAAGAGGGGAAGGCAAACUUCCGCGCGAUAGAAAAGCGGAUACUCGACAGCAUCAUUGGCCAGGGUCGCUAUGACUGCCGAAUCCGGCCAAUGGGAAUUAACAACACAGACGGGCCAGCUCUUGUACGCGUUAACAUCUAUAUAAGAAGUAUCAGCAGAAUUGAUGACGUCACCAUGGAGUACACAGUGCAAAUGACGUUCAGAGAACAGUGGCGGGACGAGCGUCUACAGUACGAUGAUCUGGGCGGCCAGGUCCGCUACCUCACACUCACAGAGCCUGACAAGCUCUGGAAACCUGAUUUAUUCUUUUCCAACGAGAAAGAGGGUCAUUUUCACAAUAUCAUCAUGCCCAACGUCCUUCUACGAAUUCACCCCAAUGGGGAUGUCCUCUUCAGCAUCAGGAUAUCACUGGUGCUUUCGUGUCCAAUGAACCUGAAAUUUUAUCCUUUGGAUAAGCAAGUUUGCUCCAUUCUCAUGGUCAGUUACGGUUACACAACUGAAGACCUGGUGUUCCUAUGGAAAGAAGGUGAUCCCGUACAAGUCACUAAGAACCUCCACCUUCCCCGGUUCACGCUAGAGAGGUACCAGACUGACUACUGCACAAGUCGCACGAAUACAGGUGACUACAGCUGCCUCCGAGUGGACUUAGUGUUCAAGCGCGAGUUCAGCUAUUACCUGAUCCAAAUCUACAUCCCGUGCUGUAUGUUGGUGAUUGUGUCAUGGGUGUCCUUCUGGCUGGACCCCACUUCGAUCCCCGCCCGCGUCUCGUUGGGCGUCACUACCCUGCUCACCAUGGCCACGCAAAUAUCAGGCAUCAACGCGUCUCUACCUCCCGUUUCCUACACCAAGGCCAUUGACGUGUGGACCGGCGUCUGUCUGACUUUCGUCUUCGGCGCGCUAUUAGAAUUUGCCCUCGUCAACUACGCCUCGCGGUCAGAUGCACACCGGCAGAACAUGCAGAAGCAGAAGAGGAAAUGGGAGCUGGAGCCCCCAGUCGACUCAGACCACCUCGAGGAUGGCACCACCACCUUCGCCAUGAAGCCCCUUGUGCACCACCACGGGGAUAUGCACGCCGAAAAGCUCCGGCAGUGCGAAGUCCACAUGAAGACUCCCAAAACCAACGUAUGUAAAGCCUGGCUUUCCAAGUUUCCCACGCGGUCGAAACGCAUCGAUGUCGUUUCGCGUAUUUUCUUCCCGCUCAUGUUCGCUCUCUUCAACCUCGUCUACUGGACGACCUACCUCUUCCGGGAAGACAAAGAAGACGAGUGACGAAGUAAAUCACGAAGUAACUCACUUCGCAGUUCACAUAGAUCGACCUCAUCAGGACCCUUUGUGAUGCAACCGUGCAGCACACGCGAGAAGCGCCAGGUACCGACUACGUCAGCAGUGCUUCCCAAGGUUCGUGCACAACUCACAGCAGAAACACGAAAACGCUCGAGGAACCACUCCCGCCUGGCGCAGAUCACGUGAUGUAUUCUCCUACAAGUGAUUCAUCGAACCCUUUAGCUCACUGGCCCCUCCGUGUAGGCACUACUAGUAGUCAUCGUCAUCAAGAUUCAUCCGACGUUUCCGAAAGUGGAUCUCCACGAUGUACAUGACAUGCAAGACUUCAAGUGCACGUAUCAGCUCAUGGAUGGCUGCGGUACGGUACGAGUAUGCACGCUCCCACAGGUGUCGCCAUUGCGUUUUUCUUUUCUAAUUUAUAUCGUUGAUUCUUAUGUUGUCUUCCAAGCAACGCUGUGCUAGGCGGUUCUGCACACGAGGACUUCCACAAGAUGUAGGCUUCGUGUCCCACCUUCAGAUGUACAGAGACUUUUCAGAAUCCGCCAAAACCAGUUUUGGCACGCGCGCAUCAAGCAAACCAGACAACAGUGUACCAUAAUAGCGUUACUACUACAACUGCUACACACAGCAACGCCCCUUGCAGACUAGUUGAAGGCUAGGUUUUCCUGUGCAUGAUGGGAUGCAAAGGCUUCCAUAUCCUCCCAGGAUAACCGAAGAUCCACCCCAAGUAUUUAGGGUCAAAUGUUUAUACCGUGGGUUUCUAGGCUAAAAGUGUUCACUUUGCUGGUUUUACAGGUUAACGUUUUGUUUCUACGAGGUUCCAUGGUAGUGCCGUCCCAAGCAGGACUCUUGUGCAAGUCUAGGUCGUGUAUGAAAGAAUACUUGAGCGGAUUCACACAUUGUACAAAGAAAUGUUAACUUGUCCAUGAAAUCGAGAUGUGAGUAACCUCUGGUGCUGUUGCGGAGUUUUGCGGUAGAAUUCUCAAGCAGCUAUACGAAUUAGCUUCGCUGCUUGUAUGAUUACGACUGCCUGACCUCUUCUGUUCUUCAUGUGUUUCGGUGAGAGUCCUGGAAGGUCUUGAGUUUGAACCUUCUUUAGACUGUCAGCUGCAGAGAACAUUCUCGAAAGCUCUCGCGACACUUCACUUUGUACCUCUGAGGCAAUGUGUUCGCUCUGCUUUUGCCAGAAAGCGAUAUGCUGUGUGUCGAACUGUAGUAAAUCAACCUACUCUUAGUCACAAGUAAGUCUUCCUAGUUCACCAAUGGGGUGUGACGACGCAAGUCAAGCGUCACUUUGCGGAGCAAUGACCGCGAGCGUUCAAAUAUACAGAAAAGAAGAAACAAGCAAUUGAAUCUUUGAAAUUGUACUAGGAGUCGAAACGGUCCAGUCUUCAUAGUCGAUAUAUCAUUACCAUAAGCUCUUAUAGUACCAUGAAAGUAGUAUAAAAACGUUUAGUUACGUGUGGCCUGCAAUUGUGGCCAUGUCACCAAUCGCGUUGCGGGGAUCGAAGUGGUAAGCAAUAAGGACACCUAAUUGAAGACGCAACAAGGAACUCAAAGCAUUAAAAAAUCUCGGAGCAGUUGAUGGUCACCUGUCUACUGUGAGAAUUAACGCAAAACCUCUCGUGCUUCGUCGCGUAAUGACACAAGGAACACCAGGCAUAUAUUUAAAAAAAAAAUGCUUCCCAGGAGAAACUCUAUUGAGAUGUGGAACACUCACUUCUGGCUCGAG